GACUCUUGGAUGUAACCACGGCGAUGAGAUCACGCUGCAACCCGCUCUAGACCACCUCACACUUACACAACACCCACCCACACCCCCUUCCCUUUCACUUAUAUAUAUCAAGUCACUGGCCCCCUCGGCAGCCCUCCGUCGCGGCCUGACUCAUGCAUUGCCCUGCCUUGCUGAAUACUGGAAUAAUAAGCAGCAAAAUUCGAUACGCUCUACCACACACACGUCUGACUGCGGCGCUGUAAACCUGCAUACGCGCCGAUCCAUAAAAAGAAAGCUGACGACCCCCAAAAAAUCCUUCCGCUUGGAAAUCUCGGGUCGCCCUGGCAUUUAUAUCCACCAUCGAACCCCGGCCCACAACAACAGACAAAGAAGCAACACAGCUCUGCGCCAGUUCACAGAAAAAUCUCACUGGGCAUCGAAUCAGCACCUCAGGCUAAGCCGGGAACGUCCACAAUAUCUAUUCACACAUACAACAAUGGCACUAUCACAGCGUCUCCAAAGAACCAGCCGCCGCUCCACCAUGGCAAAGGCCUCCUUCAGUGACGACGAGGACGCAAUCACCCCCUGCUCGUCCCCACCGCCCGAGCCCCAGCAGCAGCCGCUCGUGCUGGAGUCAUGUUCCAAGGCGAAGGCCAGCCCGCGCCACUCCAUCAUCGCGGCCGACGUCUCCUCGUCACGCAAGACCUCAUCCUCCACGCGCACGUGGCACCUCGACCCGGCCGCCGGCGAGGACCUGGACGAUGCCCGCCUGUGGCGCCGCAUGCUCGACAUCCAGCGCGAGUUCCACUGCUACAACAGCGCGCGCAUGGCGGCUGCGCUGCUGGAGCUGGAGAUGGGAGUCGACGUCGGCAGAUAUGCUCCACCCCGGGCCUGUCUUGAACUCCUGAACGACAGCGUGUCAGACCUGCCCGAGGAGGACAAGGAGAGGCUUGUCGAGUGGCUGCACGAGAACUCGACGAAGCGGAAGAGGAGCACCAAGUGGAAGCGCGCAUCCGUCUUCUGAGUGGCUCGCUUCUCCUGGCUGGGGCGUGCACGCAGCACGAGCCCGCGAGACGCGUCACACUUGUCUUUCCAUCAUCCUCAUAGACCCGGUUUCACAGACCGGGAUGCAUUCACGGCGCGGGGCCCUGGCGUUUGGAAUUGUUUGUGCCGGGAAGGUAGGCCAUCGGCGGCGAGGUUUCGCACAGAUUGAGCUGCAUCUUUUCAGGCGGGAUGAGCGGCGGGGGAGCGCAUACGAUAUCGAUACCCAUUUCUUACUUCAAUUCGGACUCUUUGUUUCGUCAGGUGGUGUCUGGUCUGACAGACCCGAAGGCACGGCGGGGCUGGGGUCAAAGGACAUAGAUUGAAGGGCAAUGUGAAAAUUGCAACCAAAAAUCAUGAAGCCACAUCCACGUG